CUCGCUGCAGCCCUGCAACGGCUGCAACCGCAGCUCCGCCAUUUUUCUCCUUUCUCCUUCUUCUUCGCUCUCUCUCGAAGCGGAAGCGAAGAGCGAAGAAGCCAUGCUGCUCUCGCGCUCCACGCGACCCAUCCUCUCCCCCUUCCUCCGCAAGCCCAAACCCAGCCGCCUCCCCAAACCCUUCUCCUCCGCCUCCGCCUCCGCCUCCGCGCUGACGCCGCCGACCCCGCGCAGCCCCGCCACCACCGCCCACGUCCCGGAGGACCCGACCCCGCUCUUCCUCCGCCCGCCGACGCACCCCGUCCCGGCGCCCUCCCUCGCCGCCUUCCGCCGCCGCGCCGCCGCGCUCGUCCCGCCCAACGCGCCGCACCUCCACCGCCACCUCCGCUGGCUCCUCGCCGACGCCUCCUCCUCCACCGCCAAUCCCGACCCAGCUGUCCACCUCCUCCGCGCGCCGCUCGACGAGCUCGAGGCCCUGUGGCUGCGCCACGUGCGGGACCGCCGCCCGUUCCAGUACGUGGUCGGGAACGAGCACUGGAGGGACCUGGUGGUGGCCGUCCGGGACGGGGUGCUCAUCCCGCGGCCCGAGACGGAGGCCGUGGUGGACAUGGUGGGGAGCGUCGAGGGGUUCGGGGACGGCUGGUGGGCCGACCUCGGGACCGGAAGCGGGGCUAUCGCCGUGGCCGUGGCCAGGAUGUUGGGGCCCCGAGGGAGGGUCUUCGCCACCGACGUCAGCGAGGUCGCCGUUGAGGUCGCCCGGCUCAAUGUCGAGAGGUACGGGAUGCAGGAUAAAGUUGAGAUAAGGCACGGCUCAUGGUUUGAGCCUCUAGAAGAUGUGAAAGGAAAACUUAUGGGCGUGAUUAGUAACCCUCCGUACAUACCAACUGAUGAUCUACCUGGUUUGCAACCUGAAGUUGGUUGGCAUGAACCAAAACUGGCACUUGAUGGAGGCAAGGAUGGACUUGACCAUUUGCUUCAUCUCUGUGAAGGAUUAUCUUCCGCACUGAAGCCUGGAGGUUUCUUUGUUUUUGAGACAAAUGGCGACAAACAGUCUGAGUUUCUUGCCGAUUUCAUAAGUACAAAGUGGAGUUCUUCUUUUUGCAACGUGGAGGCAGUUUUAGACUUUGCAGACAUCAAACGUUUUGUAAGAGGAUAUCGCAGAUGACAACAUGGAUGCAGAUGAGAACAUUCUCUCUGUUUUUUUUCCUGAAUGACUUACAUUGGCAGUUUCACUCCAAAAGAUGUAACAUACACAAAUCUCUUUGUGUCUAUUUGGCAGACAAAUGGCAACAAACAGUCCGAGUUUCUUGCCGAUUUCAUAAGUACAAAGUGGAGUUCUUCUUUUUGCAACGUGGAGGCAGUUUUAGACUUUGCAGACAUCAAACAUUUUGUAAGAGGAUAUCGCGGAUGAGAACAUGGAUGCUGAUGCAAUAUUCUGGGUGGCCACUUUUGUUCCCUCAUGAUUUUUGGUAAGAACUAUGCUGAAUGGUCCAAUUUCUGACUUCUUUGCAAUGCAGUAGCAGCAUGCAACACUUGGUUGUUUCAGCUAUCACCUUUUGUUCCUGGCGCCGCUGAAGCAAUUUCUGGAUCCGUAGCUUUCAAAACCGGACACCCGACCCCCCUGGGCCUGUUUCCGCCUGGUCUGGGCGGUUUUGACUGGGUUGACCGCCACAUUGGCUGCCUCUCUGGCACUGCAACGUUGGCUUCAAGAGGCACACAUGAACUGCAGCAAGUGUAAUAGCAACAGUCACAGCAUGCAUGAACUUCUUGCUCAUCUUUUCCAGUUCAAUUCGCAGGUCAUUGACCUCCUUUUGCAGCUCUUCAAUCCUCAGGUCCUGUGAGGCCAAUUCAAACUCCAGCUUCAACUUCUCUUCUUCAGUCCUCCUCAGUUCAUUCUUCAGGCCAUGCUCCUCUGUCUUCUUCCUGGAACCACUGCAGAGACGCUCGUCCAUCAUCUCAAGGAAGUGCCCGUCGCUCAUCUGAAAUACCCCAGCUCUAGGCCAAUCUUCCCCCUCUUCAAGGAAGUCAGGCAUCUACCCGCAAAUCAAAUCGAUUAGAUACAAAUCAGAGGGGAAACCAGCGGAGGAAAGAGAAGGAAAACCAAAUCGAAUAACGGCGACAAACAAGGGUUCCUCUGGUCGCCGGAGCUAAAGAACAGAAUUGAGCGAGAGAGGCAGCCAACGUGGCGGUCAACCCGGUCAAAACCGCCCAGACCAGGCGGAAACAGGCCCGGGGGGUCAGGUGUUUGGUUUUGAAAGUUCAAGGGGGUUAAAUACCCGGUUUCAUAGUUUAGGGUGUUCUUUGAACUUCUCGAUUAGUUGAGGGGGGUAAAAUGGACUUAUUUCUUACUUAAAUGUGUAUUUCCGCUUGCCAGAACAUGCUAAAUUGCUGUGACACUCAGUUUCUUAGACUCAACAAAGUAACACAGUUAGUUACGUAUGACUUAUGAGACAAAGCUUGGACAUACUGUAAGCUGAGACAUAGCUUUUAGGUUCCUUUUCCUCUCCAUGAAUAAUGGCUUCUAGUCAUUUAAGUCUGAAUCAAGUGAUACCAAACUAUUACUACGCUAUGUCAAACUUCUAUUCCAGCAUGUCAUGCUGAUGCCGAGAGCUGCUGCUUUAAAUGAUAUCUCUGUUGUGUGAAGAUAUAAUUGAUGUCUUGUAUUUUUCUAUCUUCUCGAGUGUAACAGAAGGAAGUGCUAUUGUCAACUUGUAUAUCCCUGAUUCUUUCUUUUUGCACACAUACCAAGAUCUUGUAUUAAAGUAAGAAAAAAAACAGGUCUUUUUUUUUUGAGAAAAACCCGGGUCUUUAACCAAUCAUUAUACCUUGAUACUUAAAUCAUUAUCCACAAAAUCUGAAACACUUAUUAUGGAUCGGAGGAAGUAAUGAAUAAUGUUAACAGACUCGUGCUGCAGAUUUCCAGUGAUCAGAUUUUACUAUUUACAGCUUCAUGUUUUAUUUGGCUCAUAAGCUUUUGUUGAACUUCCUGCCCUGCUGAUUCCAAUCCCUGAUGAGCUCUCCAGUUCUGAUAACAUCUCCAGUAGAGCUCAUGCAUUGCAAGUUGUUUUUUCUUUUCACAAUCAUGAUAGCACUGCAACUUGGCGAUAGUGAUAUUUCUAACAGAGAACUAGUGAGUCGAGGGGACUACAUUAUCAGAUAUGGAGUUCAAGGGACAAACUCAAAUUUUCUGGUAAUAUAUAAGGAGUAUACUUCUUUCUUGUGUCCCAAAGAUGUUGAACUCGUCAUGUGAAUCUUGUUCUAUUACUGUUUGUGAUUCCAAUCCCUGAUGUAACGCUGCUCUUUCUUCUCCUCUGAUUUUCAGACCCUUCCCAUUUGAAAAGGAAAAAAGAACAGGUAUCAAUGUUCUGGGCUGGCUUCAGCGAGAAGCGAGCAACUUGAUUACAUAAUACCUCUGUGUAAGCUUAUCACUUGCGAUCUAAGCGUCGCAGUGGCAAUAACAUAGUGCAGGUCAAUCAUGGUCUUUGUGCAUGUGAGAUGAUAUCUUUUUUUGCCAACCUGCCGUCCAUGGUCCAAGGAAGCUCUUCUACACUGGACACAAGUCUUAUAGCAGUGUUUGCGUACAAAAAAGGUGUACCUGGCAUUUGUUUUUAGGGGCUGUGUGUGGCCAAUUGUCCUUUUUGGCGUGUUGGGUCGUGAUAAUGUGGUUUGGAGGGAGAGGCCAAAUAGUGGGCUUACAUUAUUUGUCUGUGGUAUUUUAAUUUCGUUCUUCCUUGCCACCCUUUGGGGUCCAUCUCCAGGUAAAUUAUGUGGGGAAUGAAAAUACUGCACAUUUGUGCGCAUCUGGAGUAGAAACAUUGCCGGGUUUCUGAAAACUGAAAUAAACGUCGAGAGCUUUACAAAA